AUGAGUUCUGACUCGGAGCCACUUGCCUCAGUUCUUAAGAAGAAUAAAGGCAAGCGAGUCAUUACUUCUGACUCUAGAGAUAUGCCUCAACGUUCUCAAGGUGUGACUUUAAAGAGGAGACGGGAGGACCAAUAUGAAGUGAGUUCCGACUCACCAGAAGCUAGGGAAGAACCCCAAGAGCCUAAUCCUCCGACUGAUUUCGCUCAAGCAAUGAUUCAUUGGUAUCGUCAGGCGAAGGAAUUAAGUGAAGGUGGCACCACUGACUCAUGCACCUUCGCACAAUUCAGAAAGGCAGAUCCACCUAAGUUUGAUGGGAAGUUUGAUCCUCUUAAGGCCGAUGGUUGGAUUAGAAGCAUAGAGGAAAUCUUUAGAGCGGAAAAUGUUCAUGGCAAUCAAAAGGUUAACUUUGCCACUCGUUAUUUGGAAGGUGAAGCUAUAUGUUGGUGGCAGGGGACUAGACCCGCCCUUGGAGGUACUGAUGUAAUCAUUUCCUGGAAGGACUUCACUGAAGCAUUCAAUGCCCAAUUCUUCCCCGAGUCAUUCCAAGCGAAAAUGAGGAGUGACUUUGCAAAUGUAUCUCAAGGUAGCUCGUCAGUUAUGGAGUAUGCAGCCCGCUUUAAUCAGCUUAGUAGAUUCGAGGAAGGCUUCGUGGCUAGUGAAAAGCGGAGGGCAGAACACUUUCAGCGAGGACUUCGACCUGAUAUUCGCAGUAUUCUCACGCCUUUUGUACUGACUACGUACAAAGAUGUCUUGGAUCGAGCGAUUAGGGUGGAGCAAGACAUGUUGGAGAGCGGCGUACAGGGUACACCUCAGUACAAGAGGUUUAAGCCCACUGAUUAUCAUGAUAGUCGGACCAAUAGUAGCAAAAAGCGGAGGGAUUUCAAUCAGUCAGGAAGGCCCAAGAUUCAGAGUAAUCCGGGUCCUUGUGCUACUUGUGGCAAGCGUCAUAGCGGUCCUUGUUACCGCAAGACAGGAGCUUGCUUCCUUUGUGGGAAAAUAGGACAUAUGGCGCGUGAUUGUCCUACACAGAAGGAUAUCCACUGGAGAUAG